AUAUGUUGUUGUUGUCUAACGUCAAGCAAUACAUUGCUCUCAACGUUACGAUUGUUUGUAAUCAUCAAAAAAACAACAACUGAUCCAUGGCUUCAUCGUAAACACCACUUCGCUGUUGUUAUUCUUUUAAAUCACUUUUAUUUUUAAGAAUCAGUUGUUAUCAGUGAUAAUGUCGUCGUUAUUUAAGAAGUCUAACCGUCGGUCACAAAACCGGUCAAAUCAGAGGACACGAAUGGACUCGGAGUCUGAAGACGACACCAGAAAUCACUCAACUAAUGGUGAUAUUAAUGGUUUGCGACAAAAGAAUAAUAAUGAGAACUCAGUGAAGAUCAGUGACAAUGACUUAAAUAAGGACUCGGAUGUCAUACCAAAACCCAAAUCAAAUCCAAAAUUAAGUUUUGAUGUCGAAGAAGAAGGCGAUGUCUUCAAAGUAAGAAAGUCUUCAUAUAGUCGUCGUUUGGCUAAACAGACAGAAAACAAAACAAAGAAAAAAGAUAUAAAAAAAGAAAUCAAAAAAGAGAAGAUUGAAGACGAAGAUAACAAUAAUAAUUCAUACGAUAAGACUUAUGACAAAAACAAAAAUGAUUUAAAUGUUGUUUGGAUUAAGUCUAAAGAAAUUAAAGAAGAAACUAUUGAAGAGAAGCCCAAAGAAGCGACGAAGAUCUUUGCCGGCGAUCAGAUUGAGUCAGAGAGUGAAUACGAAGAAGAAGAAGAGUACAGAAGUAACGAACCAUUUCAUCACUUCAGAGGUGCUCUUGAAAGAGGUGUUAUACCCGACGCUAAGACUAUCUAUGAACUGAAAAAACAACGACAAAUGGCCAGAGAUAUCGAUGACUUGAUUAUUCCAAUAAAUGAAGAAGACAGAUAUGAAGAACAAAUGAUUGGUUCACGAAUGGUUAGAGACGAUGAUAAUGAUAAAAGUGAUGACGACGAUGAAGAUGACAAACGGAUAUGUUUCUCAAUAAACCAAAAGGAAUUGGAAAGAGUUAAGAAUAGAGAAGCCUUUUUGAUAGCUCAGGAAGAGAAUGACAACCCGUCGUCGCGAUCCGGAUCUGAAUCGGACGAUGAAUUGGACAGAUGGGAGAGGGAACAGAUCAAGAAAGGCGUUCGUAUGCCUGUCGUACAGAUAUUAACUCAAGAACAGGCCUCAAGUCGGGCAAUAUCUGGUCUAUUCAUUGAUGACACUCGAGUCAUGGAUAUGGAUAUCGAUAGACCUAAUCGUCACAAAAAAUCUAAUUCAAUUCCAUCGAAAAUAUUGAACCAAACAAAGAGUUCGAUAACAAUGGAUGAUAUUUUAGAGAGAGUAAGGAAUAAAUUAACUGAAAUAAAAUCGUAUACAGAAGGGAAUGAAAGACAAUUGAAUACAAUGACCGUUGAAGCGGAUCAACUGAGGGAUCGGUUAAGACAAUUGUCACAAAAAAGAGAAGAACUAACUAAUAGGUCAACACAGAUAACUCGUGACCAAAUGAUAUGA